AUGGGAAACUGCUUGUUGGGUGCAAUGUCAGAUCCAAACACAUUGAUCAAAAUCAUAACAUCUGAUGGUAACAUCAUGGAGUUCUAUCCUCCAAUUACACCAAAUUUCAUCACACAUGAGUUUCAAGGCCAUGCCUUAUUCCCAACCAAUGACCACUUUUCUAAACCACUUUGCCAGUUCGAUGAGUUGGUGGCAGGACAGUCAUAUUAUUUACUACCGAUAAUGACUGUCCUGUCACCUAACACUUUGAGACCUAGCAUGUCCGUCGGUGAUAGCAUUAUUGUCCGACAAGGACAAGGACAAGGACAUGUUAGGUCUAUAAGUGUUCCUACAACACCUCAUCCUACUCCAUAUAGAAUGUCAUUGGAUUACCAAUACUAUCAAGGUGUAGGGUUGCUUCAAAAGGCUUCAACAGAAUCCUUCUCUUGUAGGACUAGUAGAAGCAGUGUUAAUAACAAAAGCAGUAUUAGUAAAAGAAGAAAGAGUGUUGGGGUUUGGAAAGUGAAGUUGGUGAUAACUCCUGAAAAGUUAUUGGAGAUUUUGUCACAAGAGUCUCAAACAAAAGACUUGAUUGAGAGUGUGAGGAUUGUAGCUAAAUGCGGUGUUGCUGCUGCUGCUGCAUCUGGUGGUGGUUGUGGAAUUUCGUCUACAACAAGAAGCUUUGUUUCUGAUCAAUGGAGUCUUUCUAGUAGUGGUAGGAGUACUGCGCCUUCUAAGAUUGAUGCUUUAGUUCUAAACACUUGA